UGGUACCCCUCAUGCCGAAUGGCGAUGAAAAUAUUCCACAAUUUGCUGAAUCGUUGAAUUCUCAAAUAUUCGGAAUCGAAUAUCAUGAGAAUGUGUUGUCCACGAAAUCGCUAUCGAGGUUGGACGGAUGUGAAGUGCAAUUGCACUCGCAUCAAUUUGCUGAUAACGCAAAAUAGGAAAAUUGUGGAAUAUCAAUCGUACCGAACGGUCGAUUGCAAUGAACAUAGAAAGUCAGAAGUAUUUUGUCCAUCGGCUGGAAAGGUUGAAUAGUUGAGAGAGUUAUUCUGAACAAGUAUAUAUAUUGGACAAACAGGUGUUUGAAAAGUGAUUUCGGGUCGUGCAUAGAAGUGUUUACUGAAUUUUACUAAAUAAAAUAAAUAUUUUGUGUCAACCACAAAGCAUCGCAUUCUUAUUCCACCUAUCAGGAUUCGAAUAAUUGGAUAGAGGAAAUGAAGGAUACGACAAUGGCGCCCAACGUGAAAACCCCACGGUUAAAUAAUUUUGACAUUCGCACAUAACGCAUAUGUGAUGAAGCCUAUAAAUAUGCAGAAUUCAAUGAAGAUAUGUACAAAUACCGGACAAUUCUUAUUUCGGUGACAGGUUAUCGUUGAAAGAUGGAAAUUGUGUAUAUGUGCAAUAAUGUGCAAUUCUUGAUGUGCAUAUAAAAACAAAAUAUGAGAACGUUACGUGUAUUACGUGUAAUGUUACGUGUAAAGUAACCAGAAAGACAGUACACAUAAACAUGAAUUCGCGCUUGAAUUUGUUACCGUAUGCAUAUUUCUAUAUGACAUUAAUCAUGAAUAAAGCUUGCAUAUGACGGGCAGUGUGUUGUUUAUUUAAAUGUGAAGGUCGGAAAACUAAAGCGGUGAAGAAAUCUUAAUAAUAAAAAGGAAAAUUUAACUCGGAGACUCAGUGAACUUUGACAGAAACGUUUGUGAAUUUUAUGGGGACUCGUCUCACAAGAAUUUUAAAUUGAAACUAGAAUGAAAAUGAGAACGGUGAUGAAUAUACGUGUGUGAACCAACGAUUAUAAGAAGUCAAUUGAUGAAAUUUUGAAAUUCUUGACAAGUUUUGCGUUAUAUAGAUACGAUAGACAUAAGUGGGAAAAAACUUAGAAGAUGGUUAAAUUGUAACGUGUUGAACUUUGAGGAGGUGGCUAGAAGAUGAAUGUAGCAUGCACAAACGACGUGUAAGUUGUGAGACGAAACAAUAAGAUGUAUCUGAUAAACAUGUGAAAUUCAGAAGUGUUCGGGUCGAUGAAACGAAUUAGGGUAUAAGCAUAAAUGCCUAAAACAAUAUUGUAAGAAUGAGAAGUAUUGUUGAGUUGAUUGGAAUAACUGACAAAAUCAUACCAACGUUCCCUGGUGAAAAAUAUACAGAGGCGGACUUACACAAGUUUUUAAAAGGAUGUGAAAUUGCGUUGGAGAUAGGAAGACCCGAAGAGCAAGGAAACAUCCUGGAAUGUAUUAAAAGGAAACUGACUGGAGAAGCUUAUCUAGAAGUGAAGUAUGAGAAGUGUGUGACGUAUGGACAAAUAAAAAAGCUGCUGAUUUCGAAAUAUAAAAAACCAUACUCAUUCAAAGACUGUCAAAAAGAUCUAUGGAAUUGCAAACAGGCACAGAAUGAGAGCUUGGAAUGCUUUUUACUGAAAGUGCAAACUCUUUAUAGAUUGGGUUGUGAAGCAGUCGAAUCAGAAUACCAAAAUCAGCUUGAAAUUGAAUUCUACGACAAAAUGUUGGAGAAAGAAGCCGUUUAUGCAAUGAAAAUGGGUUUGUUGAGGACAGAUAUUACCGAGCACAUGGUUUUACACUGUAGACCAGCACCUGACAACAUCAAAGAUACGAUGAAACUUGCCCUGGAAUAUGAAAAAGAUUUUGCGGAAAUAAUACCAAAUGGGGUCAACGAAAAAGAACGGGCAGAAGCGGCGCCAAAUACAGUCAACUGGAAGAACAUGGGUCACACACAGGACUACUUGGAAGAAUUAUCGCGUUUGCGUCACGAUUUGAAGUCAAUGCUAGCUGAAAUAUACUCGUUGCGCAAUGGGAACAAAUUGAAUGUUGUUAAGGAAGGAUCGUGCGAAAGCGAGACUACACGUGAAACUAUGAAAAUCGCGAAAGAAUGCUAUAUUUGCAACGAAAAGGGGCAUGUUGCUAGAACAUGUCCGAGGAGACUUCUAUGUCGUCGCUGUGGGGGAGAGAAACACAACUUCAGAGGGUGCAAACGUAAAAUAACUGACGAUCAAAAAUUGUGAGUGACGGGCCUGAGCUUAUAUAAAUUGACUCGGAUGAAAAUGAAGGAAACAUUGACAAUCUUUGAACAACAUGGUCAAUCACUGACUUACACAGUCACAAACAUCGACAGUUUUAACCAUGGACAGUCACCAACACCGACAGUCAAUGGACAGUCACUAACAUCGACGGUCGUAACCAUGGACAGUCACUGUUUCGGCAGGCCUUGUAUAAACUGGAUGAGCGGGUAGACGAAACUGUUGCUCCUGAGACGGAUUGAAACGCACGAGAAAUGAGUCGAGACAACGAACACUAUGAAUAUUGCACCAAGACAGCCCUAGCGGAAUGAGCAAUGGCUGUUGGACGGACCUGGGUCGAACCGAUAAAUUGACAAGUUGAGGAUCGAAGACGACUGGAAGAGAGAGCAAGUAGUGAGACAAAACAAGAUACAGUUCAACAAAAUCGAGAGUCAUGGUUGGUCAAUUUGGUCGUUAGUCAUAACUCAUGGGCGCACAACGAUUCGUCCAAUUUGCAAAAAUUCGGGGAACAUACAGUCGGUGGUGAUACAGGGAAAUGGAAUCCUGAAAAUAACUGAAGCGUGCGAUGUGGUGGUGGGCGAAUCAAAAUUGAUGUUCCGGCGAAAAAUCGACACUCAGGAGAGACAGAUUGAGACAACACGCGUGAUCGAGGUGGCACCGAUACAACCACUAUGGGAUGAAAAAUGGUUGGCAGACAGAGAGAUGCCGCAGAGAAAGAUCGAUAAACUACGGGUAAGCUCGCAUGCGGACUUAUCUCGCUCUAUCAUUUCAGCCAUUCAUGAAACGGAACAGUUGGAAAACGAUUGGCGUGACGAAACGAUAAUCCGAGAACACCAGGGACAGUUUGACCAGAUCAAAAGCUACGGUUGGUCCAUUUGGUCGUUGAUGGCCUUUGUCUCAGUCCUUUUCAUUAUGGGGGCGGGUAUCGUAUGGUACAUACGAUGCCGAAGCACAAUAUUCCGGAGUGCCACGGAGGGAAUACAGCGGAUGCACGAAUUGGCACGAUCCAGGCACGAUCCAGGGACAAUCUUUCAAUGGUUGAGGAUUUUAGAGUAGGGUUGGGGGUCAAAAUUUCUGAUUUUUAUAGUCAUUUAAAAUGUUUUUGAUUUUUAUAGUCACUUAGACUGUUACAAUUAUAUUUGGGGUUUCAUUUGGGGUCGUAGUUAGGACCAUUUGGUCAUUUCGAGUUUAUAUUUUUGAUUGUAUAGAUUAAGAACCGAUGUGAAAGCG